CCAGUUUGUCCUAAUGGCUGGCUUCCUUUUAAUGGACAUUGUUAUUUUUUUCAAUAUGACUGCAACCAGUUGGAACAAGGCCAAGAAAUUGUGUCAAGUGAAUGGGGCUGAGCUUAUACAAGUGGAAAAUUAUGAUGAAAUAAACUGGAUUAAGGAAACUUUUCUUUCGAAUUCGAAUCAAGAUGAAUGUCUCCAGAAUUGCUGUGGAGUUUGGUAUAAAGCGCCAGAUAUAGAAAGUGGAAACUUCUAUCCCCCUUUCAAAAGUGAUAUUUCUUUUGAGAACUUUAAAAAACUACGGUCCAAUAACCGUCCUUUUACACAUUGUGCCAUAUUUUGUAUCGACGAUCAUUUGGAUUAUGAUACCUGUGGUGCCAGACUUGCAUUUAUUUGUGAAAAAGAAUUAUCAUAUAAUUAGGUUCAACAUGCAAGUAAUUCCAUAUGUUUUUUUUUAUUUAUCUUCUUCUGUUUAUUUUCUUCUACAAAUCAGAGGAAGCGCCAAAAUUUGACUGAUAUAUGGUAUAAGCCGAAUUUUUAGCGAGGUCACAUCGAUUGGAAAUAACA